UGGAGCACUUUAUAUUGUGGCGUUGUUGGGAUGAAGGUAACAAGGGUGCCGCUUCCGGAAAGAGCCGAAGAAAGCCGAGCCGAGCCGAGGCACGCCCUCAACAACAACAUCUCGGUCUUGCCUCAGACUGUCACUCACUCACUUUGGCAGUACUCGAGGAAGAUGACCGCACUGAGCAGCUGGGAGCUUUGCGUCAAGUACGCUCUCUUCGUCUUCAACUUUAUCUUCUGGUUGGCCGGGACGGGCGUGUUGGCGGUGGGCCUAUGGCUACGCUUCGACUCCAGAACUUCAGGACUGUUUGAGGGCGAGGACUCCCCUUCGGUUUUCUUCACCGGCGUGUACAUCCUGAUCGCGGCCGGAGCCCUGAUGAUGGUCGUGGGCUUCCUGGGAUGCUGCGGAGCCAUCAAGGAGUCGCCGUGCAUGCUGGGAUUGUUCUUUCUGUUCCUGCUGCUCAUCUUCGCUGUGGAAGUGGCGGCGGGCAUCUGGGGUCUGUCCAACAAGGAGCGCGUGGUCGACGACGUCACGGAGUUCUACAAGCAAACUUAUACCAAUUACAAGGACACCAGGCAGGAGGCGCUUAAGGAGACCCUUCGCCUCAUCCACUUUGGCCUCAACUGCUGCGGUCCCACGGGCACGGUGAUCGACGCCGCCAGGGACAUUUGCCCCAAGCAGGAGGGGCUGGAGGUCCUCGUCACCACGAGCUGCCCCGCCGCCAUCGGCGAGAUAUUUAACAACAAGCUUCACGUGAUCGGAGGCGUGGGCAUUGGCAUCGGCGUCAUCAUGAUCUUUGGCAUGAUCUUCAGCAUGAUGCUGUGCUGCGCCAUCAAGCGAUCCAGAGACUUUGUUUAACCCCUUCCCUACUGCCUUCUCUUUAGUAACCCGUGCUUUUUUUUGAAAUCGCCGCUCGGGGGAGGCCCGCAGGACGGCCGUCUUGGACGAGUGAGCGCGCGGCGGCCCGAGCGCACGACCUUGACCUUCCGCGUUGCCUUGGCUCACCACCAAAAAAGCCUUUUCAGUUUGCACGCCAAAACACGCUAACAUUUAGCCUGUUGACUUUUAUUGUAACUAACUUUUUAUGUUGAUGUUGACUUUUUGAGUUGAAAUUUUAUGCCAAAUAAAGUAAAACAAGUCUAUUGAA